AGGUCGGACGCUUAACCGACUGCGCCACCCAGGCGCCCCUAUUCUGUUUACUUUAGAUAGCCUAUGUUUGCAUGGUUCUAAGAAAAUUUAUAAAGAUCUUCAAAUUUCAGAUCUUCCUGGUUGAGGGGAAAACCUUAAACAAAUCCCCCCAAACCUAAACAUUUUCUCAACAGUGUCUCUUCUCCAGGAUGGACUAUAAUACGUAAUAACGUGGUCACAUUCCACUAUGGACAGAAGUCCCAUUUCCACAUCACCUUUGUGGCCGUGCGGGUGCUCUCAUAUGUUCAAGGGCUUCUGCUGGGGACGAGGACUUGGCUUUAGAGGCUUUGUAAUUUACCUGCUGUGACACGCACGUGCAACUGUUACCAUUUUCGUUCCAUUUCGCUAGAGAAGUAUUUCUCCUCCUUUCAGACCUACCGUCCCCUUCAUCAACCUGAAGUAAAACUUACAAAUAAUAGUAAUGAUCUAUAGAUGUAACUUCCAAAAUAUCAACACAUUACCUAUGACAUAAAGAAAAGUAACUUAUUAGGAUAGUACUAGUUCAGCACUUAAAGGCUGGAUGAAGUAGGUGGCAGCAUCUAUAGAAUCACUGUGAAGACAACAGCUACAAAUACAAUCCGGUAAACGAAUGUCAUAUCUGUGAAUUCAAUACCGUGAGUGGUUUGAGUUUCCUGGAAUGGUGAACACUUCCUAAUAUCCAAAGAAAAAGAAGUGUAUUUCCUUAAUUUUCCAAUAUAUAUCAAAGCUGUGCAAAAUAUUUUGUAUCUGUAUGUAAAGCAGCCUUAGGUAACUAUUAACAACUUUUUUGAAAGUCUCACAGGAUCGGGAACACUUUUUGUUUUGCAGGAAUGCCCAUUAUCCCUGACCUGCACUAAAUUCCAAUAGCACUAUCCAGUCAACGGGACAGUGAAAAAGAAAAAAACAAAAAACCCUCACCGAUUCCCCAAACUUUCCCGAGGAGGAUUACUGUAAUAAGAGAGAGAAGUAGCAGUGAACCGCCAACAAAGUAAUGCUAGAGUAGCUAAAGGGUCUGGGCCGCAAGACUGCGGGCCAGCCGGCCCGCCAGCUGGGGGGCAAAGUCCGGUUAAGGGAGGAGGCAUCAGGUGUGCAACUGGAUUUGUGCCGCAAGGAUCAAAAAGAGUUAGCCUCUUAUUCAACCUGGUGGUAGGGCUUCCGUGUUCCCUGUUUCCAGCUGAAAGGCAGGUUUUUGGCAAAGCUGGAUACAGACGGCAUCACCCUGGAUACAGACAGCAGCCCUCUUGGAUACAGACGGCAUCAUCACACUGCCCUCGAGGCUCACCCUGCAUGACUUCUUGGUGGAUGUCCUCGAUUCACCUUCACAUCUGGGAGGUUCCUGGUCUACGAGAAAGGAAAUACCUGUGAAACCAGAUCAUCUCCUAACCCGGCAGAUGUGUGAGCAGAAGCAUUAGGGGGAACGUUACACGGUUUGCAGCCUGUUGUCAAGCACAGGGGCUCCAGAUGAGUCCACGAGAGAAUGGCUUAAAGAAAAAGCUUCAGUGGGGAAACUUGGGAGUCCAGAGAUGGGGGAGAAGAAAAGGCACAGAUUCCCACAUUCUCCCAUUUUCCCAGCAGGAAGGUUGUGGCAGCCGGGGUGCUCCGCCGGUCACUCGGCACGGGUCAGCGUCCUGGGAGAGGGCCUUGCCGCUCUUCCCUUACGAGCCAGUGUAAGCACAGCCCUGUCGGCGGGGGGAAUCCCAGCAUGUGAACUGCUUUGGUCAUUCGGUCGGAGGGAGGACAGCGGUGGAUGCUGGAUCUUCAGUGACCGAAAAUCCCUGUCUAGAUGUGAGCUGGCCUAGAUGACCUCUGUGGAGAUGAACUCGGAUAGUCUCAGAUGGGGAGAUUUGAACUGAGCCAAAGCAUCAACACCAAUCAGGCUAUUGCCGAAGAAUAGAGUUUUCAGGGUCAGCAAUGGAAGGUGUCAGAGGGAAGACUGCCCAAGGUCGUACGAAUGAAGAAGCCUGUAAAAGUGAGGGCCCGUCGUCAAGGCAGACAAAGUGCCCCGUACGGAAGACAUCUUCUUUUGGGAAAACAGCGAUCAGAAAAGUGUCAGUGACCCUCAAGGAAAUUUUCACGAGGGAGGGAGGUCCCGAAUCUAGUGAAUUUAGCCCAAGCUCAGAAGUUAAUACCCAGCAGAAAACUCCAGAGGGAGCUAGAUCCCCCAUAUCUAGGAAACACUUAGAAGACAAUUCAGACUUAAUUAAACACCAAAAACUCUUCCCACAGAAGAAACCCUGUAAAUGCAAUGAAUGUGGCAAAGCCUUCAGUUACCAGUCAGACCUUAUGGUCCACAGUAGAACUCAUGGUGGAGAAAAGCCUUUUGAAUGCCACGAGUGUGGGAAAACCUUCAGCCGAAGCACACACCUUCUCGAACAUCAGAGAACUCACACUGGAGAGAAGCCGUAUGAAUGCGGUGAGUGUGGAAAGGCUUUCAGCCGGAGUACUCACCUUAGUCUACACCGGAGGAUCCACACGGGAGAGAAACCGUAUGAAUGCGGUGCGUGCGGGAAAGCCUUUAGCCGAAGCACUAACCUCAGUCAGCAUCAGCGAACUCACACCCAAGAAAGACCUUACAAAUGUAACGAGUGCGGGAAAGCCUUCGGCGACCGGUCAACCGUAAUUCAGCAUCAGCGCAUACACACCGGCGAGAACCCGUACGCGUGUCGCGAAUGUGGGAGAGCUUUCAGCUGGAUCUCCUCCCUCGUUGAGCACCAGAGGACGCACACCGGGGACAGCCCCUACGCGUGCAGCGGCUGCGGGAAGGUGUUCAGCAGAAGCUCGUCCCUUAGCGAACACCAGAGGAUCCACACCGGAGAAAAGCCCCAUGAGUGUGGAGAGUGCGGGAAGGGCUUCGGUCGGAGCUCCUCCCUCAUCAUUCACCAGAGAACUCACACGAGAGAGAAGCCGUACAAAUGUAACGACUGUGGGAAAGCCUUCAGUCAGAGUUCAACUCUCAUCAGACAUCAGCAGCUUCACGCGAAAGGGUAACAUCUGAGCUCUCGUCGAUGGCAGCGUAAGAGCACACAGCGUGACUUCCUGUCGCUGCACGUCUUGGAAGUCCCCCCCUCUACUAGCUGGCCAAUUUCAAGUUAGCCUUCCUGCCUUCCUUCCUUGAUGCUCAAAGGACUGAUCAAGACAAGGGGAUGACUUUCGAAGCCAACACGUUCCAUCCCCUAUUCUGGAGGACUCCAGACUUAGAGUAUAGACCUCCUCCCUGACACCUUGUAUUUGCUCACUUUAUCUGUUCCGCAGGGCUUGGCUCCCUGAACGGUCAGUGAACCUUCUGUUUCCCGACCACGUCAGCCCCUUUACUUAAGAGGAAAUCCUGUGUGUGUGUGUGUGUGUGUGUGUGCGUGCGCGCGCGCGCGCGUGUGUGUGUGUGUGUGAGAGAGAGAGAGAGAGACAGAGACAGAGAGAGAGAGAGAGAUGCUGGCUCUAGUCACAGAAGAGAAGGAGCUGGCUUCAGAACAGGACAAAACACUCCCACUGGUUUGGUGAUAAUAGCGUUGAGGCAAAUUCAGUCCCUCAUCUUAUAAGGACAGAUUUUUCUCUUAAACCUUUUUUGCUGUAGUGUAUUUUCCUCAAAGUAUAAACCAUGGUUCUACUAAUGUGCUUAAUUAAUCCUAGUAGUAUUUUAUCUCUUCCUUACCAAGAAUGUCCUGACACUUAACGUUUAAUUUUUCCAUUAUUUAGACAAAAUGCUGCCCUAGUUUUUAAAUUUUUCUUUUGUUUACAGACUUCAUGAAGCUUCGGCCCUCUGGCCCUAGUGCUCACUGAUCCUGUAGAGCUGAUCUCUCAAGGACAAAUUCAGUGCCGAUUUCUGAGUCUUUUUCCUACUUGACAUUUGCAGAAUUGGCACUUUUGGCCACUCUUAGGCCUUAACGCUUGGGCUUCUGCUGGGAUCCGUGAUUGUGUGCUGAUCCGCACUUUCCCUACCUCCCAACAUUCUCUGAUCACACAGUGGUGAGCUCUAUAACUUGGGGCAAGAAUUAGACCAGAAUAGUCUCAUUUUAUCGGGCCAUAAUACUUGAGGUUAUUCAAUGAGGCUGUAGGCUUCUUGAAGACGCAAACCUUUCUUUAGGUCCCUUUAAAGCAUCCAGAGUGCUGAGCAGUCCCUAAAUGCCCUGUGAUGAUUGCCCACCUUAUCCCAGGUAAUCAGUUGGCUAGGUUUUAUCUGAAAUGGCUUACGAGUUGACUUCUCUCUCUGUUCUUAACUGCUGCUGCCGGGGCCUCAGGAGUUUGGGCCCAGAUUGUGAGAGUAAACACCAUUGCCCUUGUCUCCCUGUCUCCAACUCGAUGCCUGACUAAACAAUCGCCUUGUCUGAAGAGUCCACAGUUCUCAUUGUCCCUGGGAAAAAGGUCAAACUGUAACUUCAAGGCCUUCCACAGUUAGGUCCAUUUCCUUAUUUUCCAUUACUGCCCGGUAUCCGUGGGCAGACCUGUCCUUUGUCUCUACCACACCCUCUGUUCACACUUGGCUUCUUUUCAAACUAUCCUGUGGCACCCUUUUACACCUCCUGCUUUCUUCCUUGUGUCUCCGGAAAUCCUAUCCACACUCAAGUCUGCCCCCACUGACGCUUCUAGUUCCCCACCUGAGAAGUCCUUUGCAGAAGGGGCACCUGGGUGGCUCAGUCGGUUGAGUGUCUGACU